UUUUUUUACAGCAAUCCCUUCCUGUUCCUGAUACUCAAGGCACAUUGUAAGGCGUAAAAGCGACGCAAAAUUAAAAUCAAACCAAGUGAAAAUCCAGCAGCACCAUAACUGUAUGAAUGCUAACUCCUCUGUUGUGUUGAUUUUAUUAUAUUUAUAAUAAGGGUCACCAAUGAUGAACAGGCAACCACAAAUAACCCUGCCUACCGUUAUGAACCUAACUGUAGAUUCCACACGGACAAACUAAAACGGAACGCCGGGACACUGUUGCCAUGACAACAUAAACGGAAAACCCACACCGAGAAGUUUCUGGCUUUCAGUGUUUAGCUUUAUUAUUUUUAUGGUGAAAACACGAUGAUUCCACAGGCCGAGUCUCUCCUGAAAUACGACAACCCAGUGUUGGUCAGCAAAACCACAGACGGAAAAUCACCAAAGGGACGCCCUUUGAGAGUGAGCCAUCAGCAGCCUGCUAUCUCUCUCCCUGUUCCACCACCUCCUAAAGCAAAGUCACCCACUGCUGACAGCAUCAGGCAGGAAAAUGAGGAGAUCCUGAACACCAUCUUUCCACCAAGGGAGUGGAAGGAGGAAAACCAGCUGUGGGAGCAGAAAGUGUCCAGUGCACCUUGUACGAGAACAGAUGUUAUUUACCUGGAGGAACUGCUGGACACAAAGCUGCAGCAGAAACAGGCCAGGGAAACAGGAAUCUGCCGCAUUCGCAGGGAGCUCUUUUCCCAGUGCUUUGAUGAGCUGAUCAGACAGGUGACCAUCAACUGUGCCGAGAGGGGUCUGCUGCUGUGGCGCAUUAGAGAAGAAAUUCAAAUGACUAUCACCGCCUACCAGAUGCUGUACGAGAGCAGCGUGGCUUUUGGAAUGAGGAAAGCACUGCAGGCUAAGCAGGGCAAGGCUGACAUGGAGAAAAAAAUCUCUGAUCUGGAGGAUGAGAAACAAGACCUGAAGAGGCAACUGAAUGAACAGAAGGCCAAAUGUGACGACAUUGAAAAGAGGGAAAAUGACAGGCGACAGGCUGAGGAGAAGAAGCACGCUGAGGAGAUUCAGUUCCUGAAGAGAACCAACCAGCAGCUGAAGGCUCAACUGGAAGGGAUGAUUACUCCAAAGAAGUAACUUCGCCAAACAAGAAGCGAGUGGCCAUGUCCCACUGCAGAAUGUUAUUAAAUUCUUGUUUUAAAAUAAUAUCAAUUCAUGUAAAGAAUGUAAUUAGUAUAUAUUUUAUUACAGCAUUGCAUGACAAGUACAGUUCAAACAAUAACUGUACAUUUCUCUUGAACAUCAAGAGUGCAUUACAUCUGUAAAUGACGAAUGAAAUGUCAUUCGAACAGUUCUGGGUUGAAGGGGAAAGGAGGUUGAAAAGGCGAGAUACAAACAGUCAUUCUCCCUGUCGAAGUCAAGAUAAGGCAUCAAGUGUCCACAUGAUAAAGACCAUUUAACACUUAGAUAGCAUUCCACUUUCGAUCAACUCUGCACUCCCAAUAAAAACAUGGCCUCUCUGGCUAGUUUAAAUAAAGAUUUAUUGCAAACUC